AGUGGACACACUGUUCGCACGGCUUUCUAAAUUGUCAUUGUGCAGGAGCUAGACAUUGAGCAUUUGUGAAAAAUGUCCCUACCAAAGAUUCCUCACAUUGUGGGCGAUGAUGAUGAAUCUCAAGGAGCUUUGAAAAGUGCUCCAGAAAGUGACGAGAAUACCAACGAGUCUUCUAUGGAAAGCGAACAAGAUGACGACAACGAAGAUGAAAUGGAUCUGGAUGAUGUGGACUGGUCCCCAUAUGUCACUUAUGAGGCGGGCGCACCAAGACGUCCUUACAAUACAUUGAAGAUCACCGAAAUUACCGAGGUACCAAGAAAUGCAGUGGAAAACUCGCCCUCGCCUAAAAUGGAUCUUCUGAAGCCGGAGACUUCGGAGUCCCACUGCCUGGGAGUCCGCAAGCGUCUCAUCAUCUCUCGCGCCAAUUAUGCCCCAUCAGAAACUAUUGGAGCUCGCGUUUCCAGACGUAGCAGGGGCAGCUGGGCAGCAUACAGCCAUAGCAUCCUCACUGCGCCCGAAACUUCGGAUGAUACCACUUCGGUAUUACCAGAUGAGCUGGCCAAGCCCCGGGAUGUCACCGAGUUCUUCCAUCGGAUUUCUGUUGGUCUCGUCGAGCAACGCGUCUGCUUGAAGCCUUUCUUGGACUUGCGCAAACGGAUCGCUCUUAUGGUGACCCAGACCUUAAAGGAAUCUAAGAGGAUGAGCAAGUAAUUCAUGUGCAUCUAUGCUUACAACAGCCAUG